AUGGAGACAGAGCCCUGCCCUGGAGAGCAAGAGAAGCGGGUUGUGGAGACCAAUGAGCCAGAGUUGAAGCAGGCCUACACAGGUCCUGGUGACAAGGACAGUCAGAAAGAGAAGGAACUGUCCCAUGGGCCUCAGCAAGAAGAUACGGAGCCCUGUGGGGAGGCAGACCCCAGGAUAGAAUGCCAGGGUGGAGGUAAUGCUGGCACUACAUUAAACACCUUCCCUGUCCCAGAGAAGACAGAGACCCCCUGUGUGGAAGAGAGGAAGCUGAAGAAGACCCUCAGUUUUGUAAAAACAGUGAGGUUCUGCGAGACAGAGUCUGUGGAGGACAGGGAGAGCUCAGAGGAGAGUCUCUUCCCAGACCAUGAUAUGGUGCAGUGGAUCUCCUCUAGCUUUGAGGAGCUGUUCCUGGCUGAAGACUGGGAGGACAUCACAGAUGACCGCCUGUUGAGGAAGAAGGUGCUGGCGCCUGGCCCCCAGAAAGCUGAGCACCCAGCCUGGGGUCAGGAGGUCACAGUCAAAAUGCAGGGAGUGCUGGAGGAUCGGAGUGUGGUGGAGAAAGACCGUAAACUGGUGUUCGUCAUCGGAGAGGGAGAUGUCAACCAGGCCCUGGAGGAGUGUGCUAUAGCCAUGCAACAGGACGAGAUCACAUUACUGCUGGCAGAUUCACAGUACACCUAUGGACUUCUGGGAAGGGAGCCUGAUAUUCCAGCCUGGGCCCCCUUACUCUACCAGCUACAACUCCUGAACAUCAGAGAGAAGCCCGACCCCCUGAUUCUCCCCAUGUCUGACCGUAUACGCAUCGGCAACCAGAAACGAGAGCGGGGGAACUUCCAUUUCCAAAGGGAGGAGUACAGCAUGGCUACCAGGGCCUACUGGAUGGCUCUGGAUGUCCUUACUACACGCACUAAAGAUGGUGGAAGUGCUGUGCUGGAGGAGGGGGAGGAGGUGCAGGACUACCGGGUGAAGUGUCUCAACAACCUGGCAGCGGCUCAGCUGAAACUGGAGCAGUACGACGACGCACUACACACCAGCCGGGAUGUUUUGUCCCUGGACCCACAAAAUGUCAAAGCCCUCUUCAGAACAGGAAAGCUUCUGUCAGACAAGAGCGAAUACGGGGAGGCCAUGGAGAUACUGAAGAAGGCUCUGAAACUGGAGCCGUCCACCAAGGCCAUCCAUGUUGAGCUGUCAAAGCUAGUGAAAAGGCAAUCAGGAGGCAAAAAUACCCAGAAGUGGCAAGCCAAACCUGCCCAGCUCCUUGGAGACAAUAUUGCCCCAUUUCUGACUCCUAACAAGAAGCCACCUGGAAUUUCAUGGAAGUUCCUGCUUGGUGCUCUGGUGGUGACCUUGGGCAGUUUAGUGACGUCAGUGAUUCUGACUGCAAGAAACUGACAUCUUCUGCAACUGUCCAGCUCAUGAAUAGUAAACUGACCUGUGUCUGCUGUGAAUAAUAAAACACUGCACUGAACUAUGGAUUAAACCUGUAUCAACGUUCACUGACAUACUGUAGCAGCACCAACAUUUGCACCACAGAUUGUGUUUAUUUGAGUGUAACAGAGUAAACUAAUGGCACUUCUUCCGAAGAAUGUAUGCAAUGUCUUUUUUUUUAACAAAACAGCUUUGUGAUAGAAUCCAUUUUAGUAUAAAACUCAGACUGGAAUAGUCACAUGGUCAAUGUCUUGAAUGAAUGAGGGGCUUCUGUAAUAACAGGAUAUAUGUGUCCCAAU